AACCUCUCCUCCUCCUCCUCAUGCUGAAGACGAGGAUGAGUCCAAAGGAAGUCAAAAUGAAUCAAGUAGCAAAGAGAGUCCCAUUAAUGUAGUUGAUGGGCCUGACACUUCUUCCUUUAGUGCAUUCCUCUACUCUCUAUUGUCAUCAGAGUCUGAAGAUACUAAUACAAAUGCAGAUGAGCAAAUUGAUAAUCAAAUGGAUAGGAGUAACCCAUCAUCUGAUUCUGCAAUCAAAGGAAAUGGUGGAAAGAGAAGUUUACUUUCUAAGGGGAAACAGUCACUUAGUAAAGUUAUCUAUCAAGCUGCGAGAUUUGGUGGAUAUCGGAGUCAAGAGCGCAAGGGUAACCCUGACAUGAAAGUUGAUGAUAGGAAUGACUUGGAAUUUACUGGAGUUGAGAUGAGGCAUAUACAGAAAGCCGAAAAGCCUAUGGCUUUGGUUGAUCUCCCAGACAUCUCUGAACCUUCUUUACUUCUUACAGAAAUAACUAGAACUGCUCUUUAUGCUUCAAUGCCAGCGCUUGUUCAAGGACGGAAAUGGUUGCUACUGUAUAGUACAUGGAGGCAUGGCAUAUCAUUGUCAAGCCUAUACAGAAGAAGUAUGCUUUGGCCUGGCCCCAGUUUGCUGGUUGUUGGAGACCGUAAAGGUGCAGUUUUUGGUGCCUUGGUAGAGGCACCUCUAAGACCAACCAACAAGAAGUAUCAGGGAACAAAUGAUACAUUUGUUUUCACAACUACACCUGGAAAUCCUGUUAUAUUUCGCCCUACAGGUGCAAAUCGCUAUUUCACAUUGUGCUCAACUGACUUUUUAGCAGUUGGUGGUGGUGGUCAUUUUGCACUCUAUUUGGACAGUGAUCUAUUGAGUGGAUCAAGUUCAUUCUCGGAAACCUAUGGGAAUCCUUGUCUUGCACACUCAAAAGACUUUGAGGUGAAAGAAGUUGAGCUGUGGGGCUUUGUAAUUCAUGCAUUAUUAUUGUUAAUAUGA